GCUAGUUUGUAGACACGUUGUUUAUUUUGAGGUUUCAUUAAUGCUGCCAAGAACAACUUUGGCAGCAUCUGUAACUGAAUAACAUUUAGUGACUAAGAUCUCUUCUACUUCUAUGUCAAUACACUUCUCCAAACCCCUCAUUUUCCUCAUCUUGUGGGCUAAUUCCAUUUCCAACGGAAGUGUUGUGUUCAAGCUUUGAAAAGCUCCAGUCAGUAAUGAUGCAGGACCAAGUUCUCAUUCCUGCCUGCUUUUCAUCCAGUGAGAAGCUGAUGGAUGAUUCAGCUGGAGUAACCAGGUCAGGACAGAGUGUUUUCAUGUCAGUUUAUCGGACAAAAAUUGCAGAUCAAUGCAGGUUGAUCACCAUUACUUGGUGCAAAAAUUUGCUACUCCAUGGCCUUUCUGUUUCAGUUGAAGGGCCUGAAGGAGAGAGCCAGUAUACAUGCAAAGUUGAGCUGAAGCCAUGGUACUUCUGGAGAAAACAAGGAUCAAAACGCUUUCUUGUUGAAGUUUAUGAUGAAGAAGUUGUGCUACUUAUUGGUGACUUGAAGAAGGAUGCCUAUAGGAAGACAGGCUGCAGACCAGCUCUUAUUGAUCCCCUUUUAGUAUCAAGGAAAGAACAUAUAUUUGGUAAGAAGAAGUUUUUCACUAGCGUUAAGUUUCAUGAGAAGGGGAGAAUACAUGAGAUUGCAAUUGAGUGCAAAAGCCGAAGCAACAACAGUGGGAACCUCAGUAAUGCAAAUUCUCCAAAUGGGGUUGAUCCUGAGAUGGAGAUAAGGAUAGAUGGGAAUUUGGUUAUUCAUGUCAAACACCUGCAGUGGAAAUUCAGAGGCAAUGAUUCAAUUAAAAUGAAUAAAGUAAGAUUAGAAGUGUAUUGGGAUGUUCAUGAUUGGCUAUUUAGUCCUGGUUUAAGGCAUGCACUGUUCAUCUUCAAACCAACAUUGGUAUCAUCAUCUCCUUCAUUAGUAUCAACAUCAUCCUCUCCACCAUUUGCAUCUUCCUUGUCUUCACAAACAGUGAGUUCUGGUUCAUUGGAGGGGUUUAGUGCAAGUGGUUCAUCUGAUUUUUGCCUGUUUCUCUAUGCUUGGAGUUACAAUUAGGCCAAUGCUAAUUCAUUACAUCAUUAUCAUGAUUAUCAUCAAAGCCAAAGAGCCAUGGGAAAAUGAGAUGAGACUCAAGUCAUGCGGGCCAAUGUGGAAUGUGGUGAGGAUGAAGACUGGAUUGAGAUAGAACAGGCAAGCACAUGGCAUGGAAGUAGGGUCCAAAGAGGGGUUGGGAUUUAGUUAACAGCUGGGAUUGAACAAGUGGCAUAAUUGGAAAAGACAGGUUGCACAACAUACAUGCCCAAUUAUUCCUCAUCUAGAGGCAUCUCCAUAUUGUUUUCCUACAGCCAAUCUUGAUCUGACCUUGAUAAGUGAGCACUUAGAUGUGAUAUUUGUGAUUUCUUAAUUCUGUAUACAGAAUAUUUUUCAAUAUUGUCAUACUUCAUUGUAUAUCUUCAUUUGGCCAAACAAUUGUGAAUGUGAUGCAUAUUUUGGAGCUU